AUGAUGCGUCUGGUUAAGCCGGAUACUUUGAAGCCGCAAGGGGUGCCGUUUCUUCCUGUUUUUGAUUCUGUUGGGAAACUUGUUUCUGAUCUGAGUGAAAAACUUACAACUGAAAUAAAAGUUCUGUCUACUCCACCGUCUAAUGAGAAAGGUUUGAACUUUUUUGGACUCUUUAAAUUUUAUUUUUUAGGUUCUAAAGUUAUUGGUUAUGAUUUUGAUGCUAAUAAAGAGGGGUCUAAUAAGGAAUUGACUGAUGUAGAAAAGUUCGAGAUUUUGGAUGGACUUGAUCUUUUGUUACCAGAACAACGUGAAGGGUAUGAAAUUUCACUUAUUAUUGCUGCUUGGAAGGAGGACGGUGACGCAACUCCAGCUAAACUUGAUUUGACUAAUUUAAAGCCAGUUGUUUUGCGUGAAAUUCUUGCGUACAUUCGACAUUGUUUGUCUUUUCAAAGAGGGGCUCGUUUUUGUCGUCGUCUUCACUCUGUUGGGGCAUCCAAUUGUCAUCGUCACUCUCUAGGCAAACAUUCGCAUCAUCACCGUCAUCAGUCUCAAAAUCCGAUCUUGGCUCAAAAUCCGAUGGAGGCAACUGGUGGCCAUCGUCCACAUCAUCACCAUUCUUGUCAUCGACGCCAUUACAGACGCAAUCUGCCCCCGGUCGUUGACAAUGUUGUGAAUACUUCUCCAAAAUUCUCAACAAACACAACAACUUCGGUAGCUAGUAGUGGGACUUCAAAUGCGCCAAAUUCUAAUGUUUUGGCUGAUUUUGGUAAUGUUGGGUUUCGUGUUGAUCGACGUCAUAAGAAAUUGAUUGACAAGAUGAAUAAAAAGUGCAGCAAAUUACAGGCUGAGGAACAACGUCUUCGUGACCGCGCUUUUCGUGCUCUUCAUCGUUUCAAAUGUGUUAAUUCUGUUGCUUAUCCUUGCGAAAAUAAUGUCAAACAACCAAAGGAAAGCAAAGUGAAUGCACCACAGAAUAAUGGAGUCGGUAAUAAUAAUGAGCAGCAACGCCAACCAUUUGAUGAUGACCGUGUUGAGUAUUUGAAGCAAAUUGGUGAAACUGUUCAACGUGCUCUUCUUAAUUUUGGAAUUGAUUGUGAGGCAAAUGUUCAAGAUGGUCAGGGUAAUAUUCGAGCACAUUUGGCUUUUCCAACACAGCAAAAUGUUUCAGUCUCAACUGCUCCAGUUAAUAAUAACGUUAAAAAUGUUUUGAAUCCAGAAGUUCAUCAAACACCUGCUGGGGUUGUUGAGCGUCAGCAAUUGCUUACCAAGAAACAAGAAUCAACUAAAAAGCAGCCAGUUAAACCUGUUAAUAAGGAAAUGAAUCUUAAUAACUCUAAAGCUUUUGGGCAUGGAAAUUUGGGAAUGGGCCAGAGUAAAAUUGCAGCUGAACUUCAAGCCGAAAAUGUUAAACUUCAAGUCGAAGAAAAAAAAUUGGCUGAAGCUCGCAAGGAUUUGUUUGCAAUGCUGGCUGAAAAAUUCGAGGCUAGUGGUGUUGCUAACAGUAAGUCUUCGCCCAUAUCAAUUCAAGGUUUACUAGCAACGCUUAAUUUUCCGGAUGUUGCUGUUGAUGAAAUUUGGGUAAACCUUUAAAUGAGCUUCAGAAUGAACUCAAAAAAAUGGCUGAGGGUCAUAAGGAUAUUUAUGGAUGGCUUGGUGAACAUUUGAGGGCUAAUGGUGCCAAGUCAAUGUCAAAAUCAUUUCAAUGUUAUCUGGAAAUUCUUAAUUUUCCAUAUGUUAAUGGUAACAAUAAUCAACCUGGACAACGACAAGAACAGAAAGCUGUCAAUUCUGAGACACCAAAAAUUGAAAAUAUUAACAAAAAUAAUGCUGAGGAUCAAAUGUCAUCGUUACAAGAAGGGGCGUCUUCUACAUCUAAAUUAAUUCGAAAUUUGAGUCAACUUAAUUUGAACGAUGUGAAUCAAGACAAAAAUGAAGAAAUUAAAGAGAACAAGAAGGAAGAGAUGAAUUUG